AUGUAAGGCAAAGUAUAUAGGCGGAAAAAAUAAGACGGAUUAAAUUUAGAAUAAAAUUAGUAGAGUAUAAAGAAUGAUAAAUAAAAGAUUAGGGUAGAGUAAAAGACAAAUUCUCCAAUUGGAGCAGAUAAAAAAUCCUUCGAUUUUAGUCCAAUUAGUUAGAGAACAUAAUAAGAUUAAGUUAAAUAAAAAGAAAUAGACCCCGCUUCACCCUAAAAGACAUUUAAGAAUUUCAGAAAUAGAACCGUUUCGACCGCUACAGACUUCAAAGUUUUUCAGCAAAGAAAUUCGAAUUAAAAUUAAUUAAUUAAGGAGCAGGCAUAGAUCAAAAAUACCGAACCAAUUAAUAUGAAUACUUAGCGUUCUUACUUUAAACAAACAGAAACAACCUUAAAGCAGAAACCAAUUUAAGUACCAUCUAAGCAAAAUUAAAGAACUCCAGUUUAAUAAUAAAAAGUUGAACAAAAAUCAUAUCCUCUAAAAACAUUGGAUAAAAAAAAAGACUUAUAAAUUGCUGCUAAUCCAACCUCUAAAAGAGAGGAUGUAAAAAAUUAGAAAAAAUAACAAGAAAACCCUAAAAUUUCAUUAACACCAAGGUUAGAGAUAUAAAAGGUAUCUAAUUCUCCACCCAAUAAAUUAAUUACAACUUUUAGAGGAAAAUCACCAAAUCAUGAUUAAAAUUAGUAAACUCAAAAACUAACAGCUUUCAUUGCUGUUAUUAGACCCAUCUUUAAAGAGGCUAAAUAUUAUAUAACUCCUGUUAUGCAUUUUUUAAGGGAGUAACACUUUCCUAAUACUACUCCCUACAAACUUUAAUUUUAAAUCGAAUUCUAAGAAUAAUAGCUUUAUUUUAGAUAAAAGUUUUGUGAUCAUUUUUUUUCUACUUUUUAAUAUUUGAAAUUAUGUUAAACUUUGUAAUAGAAAACAAUGGUAAAGCCAAUUUAAAUGGAUCCGCCAAAAUAGCCUAAAUCAAGCAAAAACUCUCCUAAAACUAUAAUAUUUGAUCUAGACGAGACUCUGAUACAUUGCAAUGAUAUUAAUCUUAAUCAAACCGAUCAUGAAGUUACUGUUUAGAUUCCUAAUGAGCCUGCUUAAUAAGUUCGAUUCAACAUAAGGCCAUAUUGUAUUGAAAUGUUAUAAUCUUUAUCUUAAUUUUAUGAGUUAAUUCUAUUUACUGCAUCUUUUCAACAAUAUGCAGAUAAAAUCUUAGAAUUUAUAGAUCCCAAGAAAAAUAUUUUUUCUUAUAGACUAUAUAGAGAUAAUUGUGUUACACUAGGAGACGGCCUUCUUGUAAAGGAUUUAAGAGUCUUAGCAGGCAGAAAGAUGGAGUCUAUGGCAUUAGUUGAUAAUUCAGCCUAUUGCUAUUUUUUACAGCCAGAUAAUGGAAUUCCAAUCAUUCCAUUUGAAGAUAAUAAGAAAGAUAAAGAACUUAUUUUUCUUACAGAUUAUUUGAUUAAAUGUGAGAAAUAUCCCAAUUGGCUUGAACACCAUAAGCAUCAUUUCAAAAAUUUCAUCCAUUUUCAAACUUUAACAAUUAAUGAAUGUUUAAGAAGAAUUAUUUGA